AUGUCCUUCGGCAAGUCUUUCAGAUCCCACUUCCCUUUUCUCGACCCAUCCGUCACGCCUGUGAACCAUGGCUCGUUCGGCCUCACGCCGGGCUGCGUCAUCGAGCAGCAGAAGCGCGUCUCCGAAGCGCAUGAGAGCUACUCGGACCGAUUCCACUUUUCUGAUGCUGAGCACUUGUAUGCGCGACAGAUCCAGGCGCUAGCGCGCUACCUGCGCCUCGACCCUCGUAACCUUGCCCUAGUCACGAACGCUACCUGCGGCGUCAACACGGUCUUGCGUUCCAUCAAAUGGGACUUCAGCCGCGACAAGGUCCUAGUGCACUCCACUUCGUACACCUCGUGCGCUAACACUGUUAAAUUCCUCGCGGACUACUACGGGCUCCAGUAUGAUGUGGUCAAGCUCGACUACCCGAUCGAAGACAGCGAUCUGCUAACCCGGUUCCACGAAAAGCUUGCCACAGGCAACUACCGUCUCUGCAUGUUUGACUUAAUCUCGUCGAUGCCGGGCGUCAUGCUGCCAUGCGAGCAGCUCAUUCAGCUGUGCAAGCAACACGAUGUGCUCUCCCUGGUCGACGGUGCCCAUGGAGCGGGACUGGUGGACCUCCAGUUCCUUGACACUUUGCAACCCGACUUCUUUACCACCAAUCUCCACAAGUGGCUGAGCGCGCCCAAGUCCUGUGGCCUUCUCUAUGUCAAUCCCAAGCACCAUUCCACCAUUCAAACUCUUCCCAUAUCCUGGAAUUAUUCAAACCAAAACUGUCAAUACAUUCCCAACCCAACAACUGCCGAGGACCGCUUGCAAAACGAAAACCUGAUGCAUAACAAAUUCUGGUUUGUAGGCACCAUGAACUACGCCCAGUAUUUUAGCAUAGAAGAGGCGCUCAAGUUCCGCGAGGAGACCUGCGGCGGGGAAGACCGCAUUCGAGAAUACCAGUGGCAGCUUCAACGUGAGGCCGUGCCUUUGAUUGUUGCUGAAUUUGGGCCCGGUGCCAGGCUGCUUCAAAACUCAACAAACACUUUGGCCGUUGCCGGAAUGUUCAAUGUCAAUAUCCCCUUGCCUGAGAAAUAUUCUGCCUUGAAGCAGAAAUUGGCUUCAGAUCCAUACUACUUCAUGGACUUCAAACAGAAAUGCUUCGCGCUCAUGUUUUCGAGGAAAGCGUUUUUACCUUUCAUUUACCAUAAUGGGGAGUUGUGGGUGCGCUUCAGCGUCCAAGUGUAUAACGAAUUGGAGGACUAUAAAAUUGGCGCCAGAUCAAUCAAAUCUGCCGUGAUGGAGGUUUUAGAUGCAGAGCACGGCGCUUGA